AGAUUCACUUCAAAUAUUAUUCACUUUAUUUAUCUUCUAGUUAAACUUUCUUAAUAUAUAAGACACCAUAACCAACCAAACACUCAUACGUAGAAUCAGUAGUAGUAGUAGUUAGACAAGAUGGUGAGAAGCCCUUGUUGUGACAAAACUGGAUUGAGAAAAGGGACCUGGACUCCUGAAGAAGACAAGAAGUUAAUUGCUUAUGUAACUAGAUAUGGCUGUUGGAAUUGGCGACAACUACCUAGAUUUGCAGGUCUUGAAAGGUGUGGGAAAAGUUGUAGACUAAGAUGGUUGAACUAUCUAAGACCAAAUAUCAAAAGAGGAAACUUUACUCAACAAGAGGAAGAUACUAUCAUAACACUUCAUCAACAACUUGGUAAUAGAUGGAUUGUGAUUGCUGCAAAUUUACCUGGAAGAACAGACAACGAGAUAAAGAAUCAUUGGCACACAAACUUGAAAAAGCGUUUUAUGAAAAUUAAUAAACCAGACACCGACAAUAAUAAUGGAACAGGAAACUCCAAAGACAUAAAUUCAGAUAACCCUACAAUGGAAGAACAAAACAAACAUGAAGGAGUGUUAGAGAGCAAUAAUGGCCCCAAUGUUACAACUCCAUUGUCUUCAACCCCAUCUUCAAGUGAAACAAUGGAUACUCCAACAAGUACGGAAAUAUCAUAUGAAAAAUAUCUUCUUGAUGAGCUUCCUUUAAUGGAUUCAUACAUGGAUGUUUUGAAUGAUAAUUUUUGGACAGAACCAUAUAUCAUAGACAAUUCAUAUGUCCCUCCAAGUGAAGAAGCUACAUUAUUACCUGUCUGGUUUGAACAUGAAUACUUCAGUCCUGUGUAUGAUGAACAGUUUUGGAGCCAUGGAGAAUAAGUUGUAGCAAUGUGGGGUUUAGUUUUUUUGGAAAUGAAUUAGCAUCUGGUGAUGUCCAAUAUUUUUGUAAUCCAUAUCAUGUCAAUGUCAAUCUGUUUCUCUAUCAUGUAAUAAGUUUAUUUUCAAAAUAAUUUGAAUAACUAAUAUAUUUGACAUAAAUAGACCAAACAUAUUAUAUAUUUAAUGGAAUUAUUUUUUUUUAUAAAUAGAGUCAAAAAAAAUAUUUAAUUAAAAAAACAUAAUAUAUUUUAAUUUUAAUUUAAGAC